AUGUUCAGAACCGGAUCGGCAGCCGUGAAGAGNGGUAGCUCCUUUGCUGGAGCUGCUCUGCGCGCCCGCAACCAGACUCCUCGUCUUGCAACCCUCCGCCAGUUCAGCACCUCCCUUCAGAUGGCACAACAAACCAGAGCCGAGAGCGAUGCCUUUGGCGAGAUCCCCGUCGCCGCCGACAGAUACUGGGGUGCUCAGACCGAGCGCUCUCUGUCCAACUUCAAGAUCAACCAGCCCCAUGACCGCAUGCCUCCUCAGGUCGUUCGCGCCUUUGGUAUCCUCAAGGGCGCCGCUGCCACCGUUAACAUGAAGUUCGGCUUGGGUAUGCCCUGA